AUGGCAGAUGGUCUCAGCGUAGCAUCUGGCGUCAUCUCGCUAGUCGCUUUUGCUCUAAAAUCCAGCACCAUCCUCUAUACGACCAUCCGUGACUUCCAGAGCCAGGAUAAGAACGCCCGCGCGCUCAAAACCGAGCUUGCCGACCUCAGAGGAGUUUUACAGUCACUUGCUGAAACGGUUAACAACAGUGACGAUGUCAACUUUAAUACCCUCAAACUUCCUUUACUCCGCUGCGGCAAGACCUGUAAGGAGUAUGGCGACCUUAUUGCUCGAUGCACCAAGCAUUCCAACUCAUCGAGGCCAAGCUUGCGGGAUUGGUUCAGCCAGCAAUAUCUCAAAGGAGAUAUAACUGACUUCAGAGAGAUGCUUGCUGGAUAUAAAUCCACUAUCACCAUAGCAUUAGCAAAUGCAAACCUACGGGUGGUUACGUCAAUAACACCCAACGCACUCGAAGAAUAUAGAGAUUUGAUACGCGAUACGACGAACGAUCUAGAAGAACACAUGAAACGACUGGAGGAAAGAGUACAAUGCUUGGCUGCUUCUGAGGUGGAAAGCCCUGUCCGAGAUGACCCUGCGUGGCUGGCUAUGCUAGAGGAGAAGCAGAAUCGAGAAACUCGAAUCAACCCGCAGUUCUUGCAGCAGCCCUCAGCACACAAGUAUAUUAGCGGUGGUUUGGGUGCCGCCAAAGGCUCUAUCCACUCCCUAAUAUCACGACUGCAAACCCACGAGAAUGACAUCAAUAGGAGAAUGGAAGCCAUGAGGUCUACGGUACCCUUAUCCGAGCAUGAAGUCACACAACUUGCACAGCUGCAAGAGACUAAGGAGAGCCUUCACCAAUGCAUGAGCGUUGUGGCUGAUGCGGGCGAGACUUUGACCAAUGAACGGUGCAACAUUUUCGAGGAUAUAACGAUGACUGAUAGUAGCUACGGCAUCUCGGUAUCGACUGUGAAAGACCUUGUUGUCGCGAGGCGACUCAACCUGAGCGGUCAGACGCGUUUUGUUGGUGGUCAGAUCAGCGAUGAGAGCUACCAGAGAACGAUUGACGACCUGACACACCUGGACCUCGAAAGCGUCAAAUCGGCGGAACAGGGCGUUGGGCAAACACCUCCUGCUCAUGGGCCAAACCAUGGAGAUGGGGAAUCGCGCGGAUUUAAUGACCGGCAUGGGCGUGGUUUUCAGCUAUCUAGCGAGCAAUAG